AUGCUGAUGGUGCAGACCAACGCGCAGCCCAUGAAGACCAGCAAAAUCAAGGGCCCGCCGCCUGUACCGCCCCGACCUAGCCAGAGCUUAGUGGCCGAAGCGCUGGCCAAGACGAGGAAGGCCGUGACGGAAUCCAAAGCCAGCCUCUCCAAGUCGCGCGCCUCGUCCAAACAGGACCUGAACAACGUCGCCAAGGCCAAAACCCUGGACAGGACGUAUGCCGCGAGCCACCAAACCGUGUCGCCGAAGCAGAACGGGCUCGCGCGGGUCAAGUCUUUUAUCAGGGACGUCAUAAGCGACCGCAGCUCGUCCUCGGACGAGAGGAAAUCGAGCGGCCAGAACUCCAGACGGAGCUCUAGCGACAGCAACUCCCAAGGGCCGGCGUCCGUGAAAAGAUCUAACGAGUCCCUGAACUCCAAAGCGGUGAAAACAUGCCGACAAAUUCUGGUGCGAUCACUCUCAACUUCGAACAAGUUAGACCAAGAUCCCAAAUGCAAGGUUUCGAAGUCGUGCAGUUUCGCGGAGAAAACGUUGCCGCUACGAAGGGCGCCGCCGCCGCCGCUCUCGCCCAAGCCCAAGUUGAAGCCGAUGAAGCCGUUGCCAGCAAAAACGCCUAGCCAAAGCAAACAGAAGAAACAGUCGACGGACUUAAGCCCGUAUUCGCAGCCGAUAGACGCGCGCGUCGACCCGGGCGGGGCCUCUGAGGCGCCGUACGCCACGGUGGACGAAGUGCAAGAGUUCGACGACAGACUGAAAAACAGUCCGACUCGGCUCUCCGCCGUCGAGACUCAGGGCCUCGACAACGGCACCGACCGGGAGAAGGACGCUAACAGCGACCUCCUAGAACAGAAAACCUCCCGUGUCACCGAAAUGCUCAUCUCAGAGAUCCUCGCCGGCCGCAGCAGCGCGGACGAGGAGAACACCGUGAUAGACAAGGGCAAAGCGCCCGACCACCUCAACGGGGAGUCCCCCGAAAUUACCAGGGACAUGAGCAACCACGAGAUGCUGAUAUACGAGCUGCAGACGAUGCACUCACAGUCGAACGUGCCCGAACGCUUGGAGCGUGAGGGGUCCGUGAGGAGUGAGCAGUGCGACUCCGACACGGAGCCAAACUACGCUACCUGCUCGGUGACGAGCGAACGGACGGACGACGCGUACGAACAGGCAUAUGCCUACAUAGCGGACGACGAUCUGAAAUCUAGGCUACGCAAGCAGUUCAGGGCAAUCAGCACCAUGUCGCUGCACGGCCUGCCUCCCUUACCGAAGAGCUUGAGCGGCUUCGCGGAGGGCGAGCAGGAAACGUGCGAGUCACCCACAGGUGUCGAGGAACCUCCUCCAGCCGACCUGGACUCGCAGCUCACUUACCUGAAGAAGGAAAUGGCCAGUCUGCGACAGCUCGACCUCUCGCUGUUGUCUGAACUCUGGGCGCUCAGCGAGGCUAUGGCUGCCUGGAGGAGACAGCUGGAACGAGCGCCGAGACUUCGCCCCGCGCCCCCGCCCCCGCCGCCACCGCACUACCUUCGCACU